CGGUUCACCGGUCGGAAUCGGACACGGUUUGUUUCCCAUCAGAUCAGAUAAAAGGCAGCAACAAGCUAAUCCCAUGACCCCCAAACAAACCACGCACCCAGCGUCCCAGCCGGAGGGUGAUUCAGUCGAUCGAUCGAUCGAUCCAUGGACAAGGGAGGCGGCGCCGGCGAUUGCCAGCCGCCGGAGUCGUCAUCACAUGAGAACGAAGAGAAGAACGCGUUGGUUAUUCCUUGUUCCCUCGCUCCAAUCAAAACGGGGAAGAAGUAUGACCAGCAGCAGGAGGAGGAGGAGAACAAUUGGGAGUAUGAUGAGGAAGAGGAGGAAUUCUUGUACGACAUCGACGAAGACGACGACAUGAUGGAAGCCUCCGAGCUCAUCGGCGUCAAGCACAGCGACGGAUCCAUCUACGACCCCGACUCCCACCCGUUCCACAGCCUCUACUGCCUCGACGACACCCGCGAGACUAGCCUGCUGCCGAUGAGGCUGUCGGCUCGGACCGACCAUUGCCAGCCAUGCUGGACGGCUUGCAUCGUCCACCAUGGCUGCCGCAUGAUGCAAAUCUUCUCCAUCAAGAUAGCAGCUCUGUCCAACGCCGCCGCCGACGCCCCGGUCCAGAUCUAUGGCUUCAUGGCUGCCCGGGAUCUCUUUGACCCCCUGCGCAACUACAUCUUCAACCGCGGCCGGGAUGAUCCUUUCGUCUUGCCUGGCCACUACUCUGAUCCCAACUCGCUUAUAAGAUUGUCAGGUCCUAAGCGAGGCAUCUCGCUGGAAAAUCCUGCUGUGAUCGAGUACGACCUCAAGAUCAAGAAAGGAGAGGACGAAAAGGACGACUUGCAGCUCAUCGACGGGGUGGCCGCCUUCAGCGACCUUACACCAUUUCAUGGGGUGUAUAGUCGGCGGAUCCAUGGCAUCCAUGGCGCCGUGGAUAUCAGCUUAGCCCUUCUUCGCAAUGGGAAGGAAAGCACCAUACAAAUUAAGAUUCCGAAGCUAAUUCAUGGCGGCAUACACUUAUCCAUCUCUUGCUUUGUCAGUCAAAUACCUGAGGAAAUCAAGCUCUUCGAUGGCACCAUUGUUAAUCCAUCAAAACUCAGAAACUUCGUGGUUGCUGUGCAGCUGCGCACUGUGUUGAUUCUUGAUUUCAAGAUUACGCCUGUGGUAGCGGCCGCCGGCGAAAAUGGAUCCAAUCAAAUCCAUCGCUAUUGUGCCUUCAAGGCUACCACUCAUGCAGGUUCUAUUCAACGGAUCCAACAUUAUUUCGCCAAUAUAGAUGUGCAUGUUGUUUGGUCAGAUUUGAUGUCACAGUAGCCUAUUGGUGUUUUUUCCCCUUUACUUUGUUAAUCAAUUUGGUAAAAGAAACAUAUGUUAUUGAGACCCAUUUAGGAA